AUGGAGUUUCCUUCAAACCCUAAAUCCCCGAUGCUUCGACAAAGAGGAGGAGCAUUGUCAACCAGCAAGAUUCCAGAAGAGUUGUGCCAUGAAAUCCUGUUAAGAUCGCCAGUGAAAUCCGUAUUAAAAUGUAAGUCUGUUUGUAAAUCUUGGUUUUUCAUGAUAUCAAACCCUAGUUUUGCUAAAUUCCACCUCCAACGUAAUAAAACCAGCAACUCUAGUAAUAAUAUUAGGCUGUUGCUUGGAACUGGUGCUGAUCUGCACUCUAUAAGUUAUGAUUCGUUAGUUUCAUCAUUAUCAUCUGAGUCUGAGGAGAUUGAAGAUUCUGCUGUUAUUAGGAUGCCGUAUCCAUUCAGAUUGGAUAUUAGUCGUGUUGCAUUAUUCGGUUCCUGUGAUGGUCUGGUUUUUCUUUGGCUUUUGGAUAAUGCUGAUUGUUUUUGUCCUCCUGAGAAUGAUGUUGGCUAUUAUACUGGUUGUUGUGGUUGUCGUAAGGACUUCUUGUGUAUUUGGAACCCAGCCACCAGGGAAUACAAGAAGAUACCUCAAUCACCAGAUAUAGAUCUUCACUACAGCAUCUGCAUCUGUAUGAAUGGUGUUGCAUAUGAUGGUAAGAAUGACGAUUACAAACUUGUAAUCGGGAUUUGUUGCUUAAAAACUGACUUGACUGGUCAAGUGCAGAUCUUUUCGUUAAGAUCAAAUUCAUGGCUAACUAUUCAUACACAUUAUCUUUUUACUUAUUCUAAUGGGCCAGAAUGUGGUGUACUUGUUAAUGGGAAUCUUCAUUGGUUAGCCAAAGGGGAAUGUGGACUUUGCAUAGUCUAUUUGGAUAACAUCAGUGAUCUGCCACCAUUCAAAGAGAUUCAACUACCAAUUGUACCUAAAUUGGAGUUUAUUACUGCGGGAGUGUUGGAAGAGGGGUGCCUUUGUGUACUCGCUGAUAAUGGUGACAGUGGUCUUGCUCGUGUUGAAGUAUGGGAAAUGCAAGUUUAUGGGGUUCGUGAAUCCUGGAUUAAACGUUAUGCUAUCGCAAAUAAGACAAUAACUACGUCAUUUACGAAUAUAGGAUCUUCUUGGAAAAUUAUGUGGUCUUUUAGGCACGGGAAGAUUGUAUUCCUGGAUUCCUUUAGAGCAGUAUUAUAUGAUCCAAAGCAUGGAACUGCCAUGGAACAAUAUUUGGAUAAUUUGGCAGAUUUUAAGUCAGAAGUUGAUUUUAUUGAGAGCUUAGUUUCACUCGAUUCUGGUACAUAUUGGGGACAGAACGAUUAG